CAGAGCUGAGAGCGCAGUCGGUCGACACACGCAGGAAUUCUAAAUUUUACUCAGUUCAUUUGAAAUUUUUUAUCGGGAAUGUUCACACACAUUUUUUGUAGUUAUAGAUAGAAAUGUUUAAGUCACUUGUCUUUAAGUAAGCGAAUCAGCGAAACAGAAGAAAAAAAAGGAAAACAGUUCAGCCAAAGUCACUUCUGUAGGGGAAAACGCGCUAUGAAAAAGUAAUUUUCGACAGAAGUAGAGUUGAAACAAUCCCACUUUCUUAAAUUCUCUUUCGAGUGUCGAAGAAAAAAAACACGUACAUACACACGGAAUACCAGUGAUACUAGCGAAGCUGUGAACAGUUAAUGGAAAUUUACUAGCUAAUUAAACCAAUUUAAGCAUAAGAAUCUACCCAGCAUCAGCAGCUCGUCGCUAAGCUAAAACCACCAGCACCACAACCAGCAGCAUCAAAAUGUCUACCGUCGACAAGGAGGAGUUGGUCCAGAAGGCUAAACUGGCCGAACAGUCGGAACGAUAUGACGACAUGGCACAAGCGAUGAAAUCAGUGACAGAAACCGGAGUAGAACUAUCAAACGAAGAACGAAACCUGCUAUCUGUCGCCUACAAGAACGUCGUCGGUGCGCGAAGAUCGUCAUGGCGAGUAAUAUCGUCGAUUGAGCAAAAGACCGAAUCCUCUGCCCGCAAACAGCAACUGGCCCGGGAGUACAGAGAACGAGUCGAGAAGGAGCUUAGGGAAAUCUGCUACGAAGUGCUGGGUCUCCUGGACAAAUUCUUGAUCCCCAAAGCGAGUAAUCCAGAAAGCAAGGUGUUUUACCUCAAAAUGAAGGGAGAUUACUACAGAUACCUAGCCGAGGUAGCCACAGGAGAAACCCGCAACACUGUAGUAGACGAUUCCCAAGCCGCUUACCAGGAUGCCUUUGAGAUUAGUAAAGGCAAAAUGCAGCCAACACACCCCAUCCGAUUGGGUCUCGCGCUCAAUUUCUCUGUCUUCUAUUACGAGAUCCUAAACUCGCCAGACAAAGCCUGCCAGCUGGCGAAACAGGCGUUCGAUGACGCGAUCGCCGAGCUGGACACGCUGAACGAGGAUUCCUACAAAGACUCCACCCUGAUCAUGCAAUUGCUGAGGGACAACCUCACCCUGUGGACGUCGGACACCCAGGGCGACGGAGAUGAACCACAGGAGGGUGGCGAUAAUUAACCAAACUAAAAUUAAUGAGAAACAAAAAAACACACACACUUAAAUAUAAUAGAAAUUCCUUUUGACUAAUUAAUUACAAAAACAAAAAGAAAAACAAGACAGAAAAAACAACAGCAGCAGCAGCAACAACAACAGCAACAUCAGCGAGCGGAAGGCAAAACCAACAGCAGCAGAAGCAGAAGCAAAACAAAUGCAGAAAAUCAUUUCUUUAAGAAAUCGCUAACACACAGACACACAGCAACACAAACACACACACACACUCAGACAGACACAUUUUCUUUGUGAAUAAAAAAAAACAAAACCAAAACAAAACGCUCUUGCAACAGCAGCAGCAGCAGCAAAAGGAGACAAAAAAGAAAAAGAGAGAAAGAGAAACAAAAAGUACAUGUUUGUAUGUAUGUUCUAUUUAUCCCCUCGUUCCCGAAUAAUCGUUUCCAUUUGGGAAACAUCCGAACUACAAAGAGAAAACAAAAGGAGUAAAAGAGAGAGAGAGAGAAAGAAGAAGCAGAAGUUUAGUCUCUUCGUUACAAACAUUGUGCAUUGUGCAUUGUGUAUAGUUUGAAACUUUGCGGAAAUUUUGUUACUUUUUUUUUGUUUUUUAUAUUUUAUAUAAUCGCGAAGGGGCCUUUACGCGGGCUCUCGAGCAAACUUUUAUCACUUUUGUUUCUUUUCUUUUUCUUUCUUUUCUUUUUUUGGAACACAAACAAGUCUCUCAAUCUCGGAGACUUGCGACGGCAGCGACUUGAGUUACUCUCUCUUUUGUCCGGUUUACAUUGCAAAGAAACACGUGGCGCGCCAGGGCAGGUUCGUUUAUUCCGUCACGUGGACGUUUUUUUUCUUUUUUCGUUGUUUUCGAGUUGGAAUUUCGCCUUAUUUUUUCGAAUUACCGUGCUGGCGCUCGCAAAAGUGAUUCGGCUUUUGCUUGCGCUGCAGAGAGAGAUGUGUUUUACUCAGAACAUUCGUUCCCGUGUAACGUGAAAAAGAAAAGAAAAAUAAAAAAACACCGAAUUGUAUUAUUCUAUGCCUCUGUGUCACCCCCUAAUACGAAAAAUAAACUAAGAGAAAAACAAAAACGUAAAAAAACAAACACUUCUAUAAAUGUACACACACAGAUCCCAGAAUUGAAGUUUUUUGUGAUUCAUCUUGGUGCGAACGCCCCCUCGCCGGAAAAGGUCAUUUGGGGCUGUCCAGAGAGGGCGCUUCGCGCGAAAAUUUUCCAACUUUUUUAACCACGAAAAAAAACAAAGAUUAAACUUAACUGUUGUGGCAGAGAAUGUGUGUCCUGUUGUCACACGUCUAUUUGAGAACAACUAAAGAAAAUCAGAAGGAAGAACUAACAUCGCCGACGAGAACUAAGGAAAGAACAGAACAUCGUUCGCAAACAAAAACAACAUCAUAUGGAAAUUAUUACUCUAAAAACAAAACAAGAACAAGAACAUCAGCAGAAAAAUAAAACAAGAACAAGCGCAUAAUGUAAGAGGUAAUGUUUUUAUUAAAAGGCAGAAAAUUUAAAAAAAUAUCCUAACUUUUCUGACAAGGAAAGAAAACUUGGCUGAGAAUGCUUGAGAGAGCUCCACGUUCUGUGAAAAUCAAGAAUUGUAACAAGGAACAUUUUUUAAUUUAAUGGCGUUCACAAACACACAGAAACUCACGAUUUUUCAUGUAUUAUAACAACAAAGUAUGGAAAAAACAGCUAAAUAAAAUGGAACAACAUUAACUGUCCGAUAACUGGAAAAAAGAAACAAA